GGAGUGUAUUUAAGCAUCAGGAUCGUCAUAGCUUCACGGCCGUGACUACGAGAGUACUGCUUGCACUGGUGCCGCUUCUGCUGCAUAAAAUAAUUUACCAGGCGGCCUACUACAAGGGUUGUGCUGGUCGUUGUCGUCGCCGUCGUCGCUGUACAUAGUCUGCAUGUACCCAUGCUGCAGCUAUCAAUCCAUCCAAGCUCACACCAACCGACUUCCAAUUCCAGCAACCCUCGCCCUUGACAUUGCCCAUGCUAGCUAUAUAGCAUCCUCAACCCUGCCGACAUCUCGCCUAGCACAAUGACGCCGCCGAGGAUUCUGCCUCUAUGUCGUGCGGCACAGCUCAAGCAUAGCGUCGAUAUUCAGCUCGAUCGUUCGUUUCAUGAAGAACAGUGGACCAUUGCUGCCACUCUUGCGCGACAGCGCCACAAGGCUACUAAAGACGACUAUUAUAAAGCAAUAGAGAUUGCUGCAAGGUCUCGUGGCGACAAUGCCGCAGACAUCACCGUCGGCAGAGAGACUGUGCAGACCAUGAUCGACGAUAAUGUAAUUAUCAAGGACGUCGAUACCUUAGACCUAUAUGAGUUUGCCAUUGACGGGCUCUCGAUGGACUAUGCUAAGACGAUUGGAGUACUUCGAUCCAGGCUCGUCAAGGCUCUUCCUAAAGAUCGAAGUGCCAGCCUCAAAUGUCUAGAUGCUUGCAUGUGGAAUUCGGAUUGGGACAACGCGCAAGAGAUUGCCGUAUCACUAAAUAAAAACUUUCCGGGAGACCGUAGCCUCCUAUUCCAGAAUAUCUUGGCUACAUUCCUCGUUGCAACAUCCGAUCACGCCAAUGAGAAUAAGAAAAAGUUAUUCGCUAACCUAGCAAAAGCUCAAAUUGAUAGAGCCUUCAAUUUACGCCCCCCAACCGGCAAAGAACAGGUGCCGCCUAGUCAAAUAGAUAUCAGAGAGGAUGAAGUCAAUCUUUGGAUUGGUAUUCGUGAGAAAUUUGGAUCACCUGAAGAGAAUCUGAAGCUUCUUUCACUGCCUAAUUGGGGCCCAUUGCUCUUCCUUGAGCGCGGGUUCACUGACGCCUUUCUACUGAGCAUACGACUUCUAACCACCAACAAACAGUGGGAGGAGGUUUAUCGAAUCGUAGACACUAUCUUUGACAAGGUCAUCAAGAUUGGAAAUCACACGAGUGGUCAAGGAGAUGAGGAAGACGAGGCAUUUACUGUCCCUCAACAACUUGACAGCACCACAAUAUCAACACCCAGCGAUGCUCCCGAAGCCGCCGUUAGAAAGCAAUACAUAAUGGCUUCGCGUGAAUGGUUGCUUUGGACGAGUGCCUUGAACGCCACCCGGAAGUUACCACAGAGAGCGCAUUUGAACGUGUUCCUCGACAAGAUUACGAAAGUCUUUCGCGUUCUCACCAGAAAUGAGUACGCCAACCCAGUUUAUGAACAGAAUUACGACCAAAUACUGCUCGAGAUAGAGUUUGAGCUGGCCGCCAUAUUCACAGGAUCAUCCCAAGGCGAGUUGAAGCAGAUCGACAAGAUUCAAUGUCUUCUCAAAUUCGCCAAGAAGUAUAUGAAAGGCUCCUCUUGCUUCACUACGCUCAAGGGAUAUCUAGAAGUCCUUAGUAAAGAAGACCUUGCUCAAUUCGUUGAGGCUCUGGGAACUGAGCAUACCGAAGACGCCGAGGGUCUUACCUCAUUCGACAACUUGAUUCUGAUCGCCCUUAGGCUGAGGGUCAGGUUCUUCCAAGCGACGUCGCUACAGAUUGGCGAGGAGUGCAGGUUUGACCACACUGUGGCUACCAAUAGUGCAGAUUGCGAGACCUGUCUUAAGAGUAUCGCAAAAUGUGCGCUCGAAUCUUUUAGCACAGGAGUGAGAGACGAAAAUAUUUCGCGGAAAGCCGCCGAUGAGACUGAAGACCCUCUCUCAAACCUCGCCGUUCUAGGUUCCAUAUGCCUGAUCAAGCUUGCCGAAGCAGGUCACAAGAAUUGGCAGUAUAUGAAGGAAUCUCCAUUAUACCAUACCGACAUUCAACUCUACCUGCAGGCAGUUAUCUGGCUCGACUUUUAUCUGAGGAAAACACCCAAGAACAACUCGCUACGUAUGCUGCUCGUCAAGCUGUAUCUCAAGAUGGGAUGCGUGACGCGGGCAUUGCACGUCUGGGGCUCCUUUGAUGUUAAAAAUACUCUACUUGAAUGCCUGGGAACGAUUUGCCUCGACCGCCUCGCUUCUAUUUCGCCUAGUCAUUUCAUGACAGGCCCUAACUCUUCUCGCGCUUUCGCAGAUCCCUUUAUACGCCACUUUGAGACGGCUCUUCAGAAGAGAUACCCGGACAUUGUGACCAAAACCUUGCAAAACGGUAGCUAUGCGGAAAUCCCUAAUAUCAUACAGCUUGCACAGAACCAGAGUCGCAACUGUGUCCAGGUAUUGGCUGUGGUGGAGCUUCGCCGUGGGCAGCGUCUCAAAGCCAACCGGAAUGAAAACCCCAUUCAAGAAGAGCCUCUCAUUGGAUCUCUAUCUCCUGAAUUCGAGCUUCAAGAUUUCACCGAUUACGCUCCCUUGCCACAAUGGGCAGGACCCCAAUCAUCUCCUAUCCAAGAGCUUGCUGCCUACGGACCUCUACCUACAAACCGCCGCUGCCAUCUAAGCAUCCUAGCCGAGCGCUUUCUUGAUCUAGUCAGUUAUGUACAGCCCAAGGAAUUCAAACCCUCCAAGGCUAGCCAGCUCCUCCUCGCGGACUGGCACGCUGCUAUAUCAUCACUAGGAGCUCUCCAUAACAACCUAGACACCCUUAUCUUCAGCGAAGGCUGCGACGAACAUAACCUUACGGGCCCAGAGACUUGGUACUUUAGAAUAGUAACCGAGCUCACGAAGCUCGUGAAACUCAUCCUCGAAGCCGCCGCGGGCCUUCUCCCGACGUCCUCAGCCAAGACGGCACGAGAGGACAUCCUCGCGAUUGCGCGGCGCAUCCUUAGCAUCAUCGACUACCAAACGCAAGACUUCCUCGCAGUGCCAGACGGCAUCCCGGCAAGAAUGCACACUCUCCACGGCGUCGCAGCCCUGCAUGCUAUGGGCAUGCUGCGCGAGUCCGCCUUCGCCGUCAAGGCCGCGGUGGGGUAUAUCUCGACAGCGCUAGAACGACAGAAAGCAGUAGAUAAAACGCGAAACACGAGCGAACUCGCUUUCAUCUCCGCCGAGACGAAGAAACUUUCCACCGCAGCUUCAUCCGCGGACACACACAUGAAAGAGCGGCUCAAGAAGCUGAACGAGAACGUGCAUGCCAGCGGUUGGGUCGAUCGUUUAGAAGAAUGGGUCUUCGGGGAUAAUGCCGUGGCUUCGCAUGCGGAAGACCAAAACAAUUAUAGGGAAAAUACUGGGGUAUUUAAACGGGAUGUCGCUGAGAAAUUGGGCGGUUUUAUACCGUCUGAUGCGCGUGAGAUCUGGGCCGUGGAUGUCGCUGAUUCGUGGCGGGAUGUGGUCAAGGGGUGGGGGGCGGUAAGGUUUGAUUGAAGAGCAUUCGACAAAAGCAUUUGAUUGAAAGAAAGCAUACAUGCGUCCUACGUGUUAGCUAGAGAGUAUGCAAGUAGAGAUAGGUUGCAAGGAGGUAAGGAUAGGCGAUACCAUCAUUUCGACUGGAAUUACCUACCGGUAUCUUAUCUACCUACCUACAUUAUACAAGUGUACAGGAGUCUCAAUUUAGUGCAAGGAUCUGUCCGCGUGCCUUCU